CCCCCCCCGCCUCCGUGGUGGUGAUAACGCUGGUAGUUUAUUCCCUCCCUUUGACGAUAAUUAUAGUUUUAUAGUUUUACAUUAAUUGUGUUGUCAUUUAACACUACCUACGUCAGACUGACCUGAAGCUCCGGCUCCGACGGCCCUCCUUGUUUUUACGUCAAUUCUCAUCCCAUCCUGUCACGCGGUACCGUUCCUGUUUCCUAUUGGCUGUAGCCCUGUCCGUCUUGUAUCUAGCCCCGCCCUCCACCUGGCGUCCAAUGAGAUGUGCCCCGCCUCCUCCGUGACCGUUGAAGGCGGCGGGAAAAUGGAGGAUUCCAAGUGGAGCUCUGUGUUUAGUCCAGGAAACCCUUUUGGACAAUCUCAGCUCUCCCGCAGUCACUACCACCCAUCCUCUCCCCAAAGGAUACCUCAGCAGCAGGGCAAAAAGGUAGUGAAACCAGGUCAGUGCCAGCUGCCUAGACCAUCGCUUCCAACAGAACCUCCUCUGGCCUCUCAGGAUGCUCCGAGACAAACUGACCAGCCGGUGUGCCAGGGUGAAGGGACAGAUGCUGGGAUAGCUAGCCCCUUGGUGGAGUCUUGGCCAUCCACCGAGAGCAGCUCUCUCCUGACGCCUGAAGGAGAGCCAGGAAGCGAGGCAAGGGUAGGGUCCACAGCAGAAUCGCAGGAGAUGUUCCGUACAGACCAGGGUUGGUCAGGAAGUCCACAGGCUGACCCAGCGGAGAGUUCAAUUAUCGCAAAGUACAUCCAGCGAUUCCGACAUGGCAAACCACUGAGCAGAGAGGAACGGGAGUGUACUACCACUGGAAUCGACACUGAUAGCAGUGAGUUCUGGUGGCUUAGGAGCUCACCCCCGAGCAGCUCAACACCGACACAGGAGACACACCAGCAUCACCCAGAUAUUCGUUCAUUGACCAUUGAGGAAAGACAAUCUGCCUCUCAUUCUAUUCAGCAAUGUGGACACUUGCCUGCGGAAAUAUCUCUGCCCAGCUUCCCAGGUCUGUCUUUAAUGAAGACCGGACUGUCCUCAGGAGGUGAACAUUUAGAGGUUUCCCAGCUGGAGUCCUUUGAUCUGGAGACUGUUCAUCUCCAGGAAAGAGCAAAUCGCCUGCUGCAGCGCAGUGAAUCUUCUUGCAGUGGCCUCAUUCCUGUCAGCUCUGACGGGGUAGGAUCUCCGAAUGUCUCUGAUCCCGCUGAGGAAGUAUCAGCCUGUCCUGUCUCCAUCCUGCUGUGUGAGCCUGCUGUUGGAGAUAGUGAUGUGAAACACAUCAGCAUCCUAUCUGAUGGCCUCUAUCCCAAGUGCAAACCCUUGUUUACCACCCGCCCUGAGGAUGACAUCCUGUACCAGUGGCGUCUGCAAAGGAAGAUGGAGGCAGCAAGAGAGAGCUCUUCGGCUUUCCUACCACAGAGGAAGUCGCAGUCCCCUUCAGUCUGCCUUGGCAGGCAGAUUGCCAGGUCUCAUGGGGACACGCAGAAAGACAAGCCAGUGGUUACAGAGUCGUACCCCGAGAGCUGUUGGAGAGGGAGAGAGACACCUACCAGGAACACCCCACAUGGUCCAAAACACAGUGCUGGAACUGCCGCCGCUUGCUCCAUGCCAAUCCCGAGUGACACACACAGCCUUUCGGAGGACCACUUGGCCAUUUGUGGCCGCAUGUGUCUCCAGGCGGGUGCACAAAGUGAACACUGUGUUGCUGAGGCCGCGGAGAAAGAGCAGGCUCAGCAAGGGAGAGGUAACAGUGGGCUGGUACCCAGCCUCAGCUCAACGAGGGAAGAGCAGGGGCCAGUGGACAGUCUCUGCAGGCAGUGCAGCACUGGCAGAGGGAAGGGCAGCAGUGGCCCCAAGCCCAACCUAAGCUCAGCGAUGGAAGGACAGAGGUCAGCAGAUAGUCACCCAAGACAGCUCAGUACAAGUGGAGAAAGGACUUUAGAGGGAGUGUCCGCUGACAAACAGCAGAGACUGGUGCCUGCGCCUGAUGCCUAUCGAAGCGACUGCUCCCAGAGGGGUAGGAAGGCCCAUCAUGGAAAGCGAAGAGAACCGAGACGGAGCCAGGGAUUGGAGGCCAGCUGCUCCCAGCCUCCUGUAUCACUGCAGGCUCCUGUGUUCCCACAGCCUCGAAAUCUUCACAAAGUGAGGCCACAGCAGCAGGAUUCUUGCCUGUUCACUGGGAGCAGUGGCUCGGACACAGAACAGGAAUCUUCUGAAGGCGAACACUGCGGUGCUUCACCCGAGGAUUCAUCGACAACGGUACGGCAUCGAGGGAAACCUACAGCAAGACAACACCACCAGCGUGCCAGUAUUCACCAGGUGUUGGGACAGGUCGUCUCUGAGAGAAUGUUCUCCCCUCAUAAUUCAAGCCAUCAACUCAGGAGUAAGUCGAAGAUCACUGGCAGAGCCAGGGGUCAUCACCUACCACCUUCACCCAUUCCUGAAGCUCACCAGACACACGAGAUGGUCGCCAAACUACUCAAAGAAGCUGAAGAAUCUGACGGUAUGGAGUUUGAAGAAGACCUAUUGCUUCGAGUGCUGCGACAGCAGAGGCAUUGGGUCAGGCAGCAGCUCAGGGAAGCUGACAGGAGACUGACCGUCCUGACAGGCCACCAACAUUGAAACCUGAUGCCCUGGGAGAACAUCAAUUCACAUCCAUUCCCCUUUCCACCAGCCCUGUCUACUCCCACCAUUCUCAUAACUGCCGUCUCCUGCUCUCUGCUUACUAUCCUCUGAUUUGUCAGGUGCCCCCUCAGCUCUCAGGAUCUGCCUUGGCAUUUUAGGGCCUCAGUAAUGUACACAUCCCCUGUUGGUGCAUUUUAAAAGCUAGCAGGCAUAUAUCUGGGGAUGGAUCUAUGUGUGUAUGUGUCAGACACGUGCAUGUGUCUGCCUGUGAUCCUGUUGAGAAAUUUUUAAUGAGUUCAUUGCAUUUCAGCGGUGAUUUAAGCUGAUGGCAGUGGAUAUGGGGGCCUGUGACUCACCCCACAGAGGGUGACAGAGCGGCUGUCUGUGAUUCCUCCAUACGGUGACGGGAUGGGGGUCUGUGUCUGUGAUUCCCCCCUCUCCCCCUACCCCACAUGGUGACAGGAUGAGGGUCUGUGUCUGGGACUCCUCCCCCACACAGUGAGGGGCCGACGGGGGGUCUGUGCCUGUGUCUCCCCCACACGGUGUCGGGAGUCGGGGUCUGUGCCUGUGACUCCCCCACACGGUGACAGGGGUGGGGGUCUGUGCCUGUGACUCCCCCCACACGGUGACAGGGGCGGGGGUCUGUGCCUGUGACUCCCCCACACGGUGAAGGGGCGGGGGUCUGUGCCUGUGACUCCCCCACACGGUGACAGGGGCGGGGGUCUGUGCCUGUGACUCCCCCCACACGGUGACAGGGGCGGGGGUCUGUGCCUGUGACUCCUCCCCCACCCAACACGGUGAAGGGGCGGGGGUCUGUGCCUGUGACUCCUCCCCCACCCAACACGGUGACAGGGGCGGGGGUCUGUGCCUGUGACUCCCCCACACGGUGACAGGGGCGGGGGUCUGUGCCUGUGACUCCUCCCCCACCCAACACGGUGACAGGGGCGGGGGUCUGUGCCUGUGACUCCCCCACAUGGUGAAGGGGCGGGGGCCUGUGCCUGUGACUCCUCUCUCUCCCUCUCCCCCCCCCCCCAACACGGUGAAGGGGCGGGGC